AUCCCGGCAGGGUUCUCUGAUGCGCUGAACGAAACAAAACAAGGCAAUCAGCCUCAGCGCGGGUAUCACACCUUCUCAAAUCAAACAAAAAAUCAAAAAUCUCAAGGGACAAGGCAGGAAAAAUUGUCUUAGGGAGGAUUUGGAUGUUUCAUCCCCACCCGUAUCUUCCGAGGGCAGAUUUCUUACGGAGAGUGAGUCACUACUGGAACAAACCAAGGGCCAUCUCACUUCUCUCGCUUCACUCUCUCAGUUGUUCCCUUCCUUCAUUUGCCCCGCAUCCUGCCCCUCCCUAUCAAACCUCCGGACUUUUUCACUCAAUAACACCCCGACCAAUAGCCAUUGCCAAGCAGCGAUUCCUAGAAACACUUAUCAGAAAUAGACCCAUGGCCACUGAGUCCACGACCGGUCCCAUUACAGGAGUUCCUCCUUCCCCUUCUCUUGAGUCGCUCAACAAACAGCUUAACAAUUGUGGAAUCUCCGAACCUCUUACUCCGUUCCCCGGCUCUAACCCUACUACAAACCCGGUUGAUGUCUACCGAUGCUAUAUUGCCCAUGUUUUGGCCCCAAUUACUGGUGUCGAGCUCGAGCUAGUUUACCCGGCGCUAGAGUGGACGCAGAACCUCGAGAAGGGUGAUUUGAUUCUUGCUGCCCCAAGGUUGAGGAUCCCAGGGAAAAACCCGAGCGAGCUCACUAAGGAGUGGGCAGAGAAGUUCCCCGAAAACCCUUAUGUUCGUUCCCCUACAGCUGCUGGGACUUUCCUUCAGUUCUAUUUCAAGAAAGAUGUGCUCUCAAAGCUUGUUCUUAGUUCAAUCCUCAGCAGGAAGAGCGCCUAUGGUCCCAUUGAUACUGGGAAAGGCAAACGUGUUAUCGUUGAGUUCUCAAGCCCCAAUAUCGCCAAACCUUUCCAUGCCGGACAUCUCAGGAGUACCAUUAUCGGUGGUUUCUUGUCAAACCUUUAUGAGAGCUGCGGUUGGGAUGUUAUUAGAAUGAACUACCUUGGAGAUUGGGGGAAACAAUUUGGAAUUCUCGGUGUCGGUUACAAGCGAUUCGGUUCCGAGGAAAAACUACUAGAGGACCCCAUCAACCACCUCUUCGAGGUGUACGUAGCGAUUAACAAAGUUGUGGAGCAGGAGAAGGAGGCUGAAAAGAAUAAGGCGGCAGAAAAGGGUGAAAAGCAGAUCAGCAAUGGACCAACCGACCAGGAAGCUCUGGAGUUCUUCUUCAAAAUGGAACACGGUUCUGAGGAAUGCAUAGCCAUGUGGAAACGGUUCAGAGAACUGAGCAUCGAGAAGUACAAGGCAACUUACUCCCGGCUUAACAUUUCCUAUGAUGUUUACUCCGGAGAGUCCCAGGUCUCGAAGGAGAGCAUGGAAAGGGCGGGAGAGAUGAUGAGAGAGAUGGGCAUUUCUUCUGAGUCUGAUGGCGCCAUUGUGGUUGAUUUCAAGCCACACGCCAAGAAGCUUGGAAAGGCGGUCGUUCAAAAGAAGGAUGGUACAACCCUCUAUCUUACCAGAGAUAUCGGGGCUGCCAUGGAGCGUUACGAAAAGUACAAGUUCGACAAGAUGAUCUACGUUGUGGCCUGCCAGCAAGACCUUCACUUACAACAACUGUUCAUGAUAUUAAAACUGUUGAAACUUGAUUGGGCUGAUAGACUGACACACGUUAAUUUUGGUAUGGUAUUGGGCAUGAGCUCCAGGAGGGGAACUGUCGUAUUCUUGGAUGAUAUUCUUGCGGAUGCUAGGGAUAAGAUGCAUGAAGUUAUGAGGAAAAACGAAGAAAAGUACAAGCAAGUCGAAGAUCCUGAAAUGGUUGCUGAUGUAGUCGGACGUACCGCCGUCAUGAUUCAGGACAUGUCUGGCAAGCGGAUCAACAACUACACUUUCGAUAUGGCGAGGAUGACUUCCUUUGAGGGUGAUACCGGUCCUUAUCUUCAAUACGCGCAUUCCCGCCUUUGCUCCAUCCAGCGCAAGUCAGGCAUUCCCAUUCCGGAGCUCCUUAACGCGGACUUUUCUCUCCUUACGGAGGACCACGCAAUCAAUCUCAUCAGAUGCCUUGCGCAGUAUCCUGACGUUCUCCAAAACACACUCAAGACCCUGGAGCCUACCACGGUUGUCACCUAUCUUUUCAAGAUGACACAUUUGCUAAGUUCUAGCUAUGAUGUUUUGAGGGUUAUUGGAGAGGAGCCCAGGUUGUCAGCUGCAAGGAUGGCAUUAUAUGAGAGUGCACGACAAGUUCUAAACAAUGGAAUGAGGCUGCUGGGCCUUACCCCUGUCGAACGUAUGUAAACUACGGAUACGGAGCGGAGGACUUUCGAUAGACACUUGCCUCGCCAAAUAAAAUGUUUUCUCCCUUGG